AUGUCUCCAGCAAAUUUGGCAACGUGCUCAUUCGUCUGCAUUUUCUUUCCACUCAUUUGCCCUGUAAGCUGGGCACUGAUUGGCUGUGUGCCGGGGGAGUGCUGCUUGCUGGGCUGUGUGCCGGGGGAGUGCUGCUUGCUGGGCUGUGUGCCGGGGGAGUGCUGCUUGCUGGGCUGUGUGCCGGGGGAGUGCUGCUUGCUGGGCUGUGUGCCGGGGGAGUACUGCUUGCUGGGCUGUGGUGCCGGGGGAGUGCUGCUUGCUGGGCUGUGUGCCGGGGGAGUGCUGCUUGCUGGGCUGUGCGCCGGGGGAGUGCUGCUUGCUGGGCUGUGCGCCGGGGGAGUGCUGCUUGCUGGGCUGUGCGCCGGGGGAGUGCUGCUUGCUGGGCUGUGCGCCGGGGGAGUGCUGCUUGCUGGGCUGUGCGCCGGGGGAGUGCUGCUUGCUGGGCUGUGCGCCGGGGGAGUGCUGCUUGCCGGGCUGUGUGCCGGGGGAGUGCUGCUUGCCGGGCUGUGUGCCGGGGGAGUGCUGCUUGCUGGGCUGUGUGCCGGGGGAGUGCUGCUUGCUGGGCUGUGUGCCGGGGGAGUGCUGCUUGCUGGGCUGUGUGCCGGGGGAGUGCUGCUUUCUGGGCUGUGUGCCGGGGGAGUGCUGCUUGCUGGGCUGUGUGCCGGGGGAGUGCUGCUUGCUGGGCUGUGUGCCGGGGGAGUGCUGCUUGCUGGGCUGUGUGCCGGGGGAGUGCUGCUUGCUGGGCUGUGUGCCGGGGGAGUGCUGCUUGCUGGGCUGUGUGCCGGGGGAGUGCUGCUUUCUGGGCUGUGUGCCGGGGGAGUGCUGCUUGCUGGGCUGUGCGCCAGGGGAGUACUGCUUGCUGGGCUGUGUGCCGGGGGAAGAUAUCUUUGGAAAUACGGUUGGGUAGAGCCGGUAAACUGGGAGUCCCAACCGCUCCAUGGAAAUCCACCUCCUACUGAGGAGAAUGUGAUCCACCCAGACAGGCCCCACCAGGAACAUCUGGAGAAGACUCCAUUUGACAGUGUUUCCCCCACAGACCUGGAGCUGACAUUAAACCCCAGAUUCAAUGGAGCCCUACGCAGGUUCCAGGAGGCCAACAAGCUAGAGGUGACAGGGAGGCUGGAUGCUGCCACCAUAAUGGCCAUGAAUGUGCCACGGUGUGGAGUUCCUGACCACAGAGUGCCCGAGGGUGUGGGGGCCCAGCCAGAGGAUCCUGAGGAGAAUGGGUCCACCACCCUGUCCAUCAACAGCGAGAGCGCAGAAGAAAACAGGGACACAUAUGAGGAGAGCGCAGAGGAGUACCAAGAAAGAGGGCAAGCGUUGGGCCUUCCAGCAAAGCGCCAGGUCAGGAGGAAGCGCAGCCAGCUGCUAAAGGCUGGGGCUAAGAGAGCAGCCUUCUCCAAGCUCACUCUGAAGUGGAGGCUUCUGGGAGAGGGCUACAGUGUGUGGUUGUCCAAAGAGCAGCAACGUUACAUUCUGCGCCUCGCCUUCCGCAUGUGGAGUGAGGUGGUGCCUCUCAACUUCCAGGAGGACCUGUCUUCUCCUGCCCAACUUAUUGACAUCAAACUGGGCUUUGGGACACGCCGGCACUUGGGCUGCUCCCAGCUGUUCGAUGAUAUGGGCAGAGAGUUCGCUCACGCCUGGCAACUCGGUGAUAUCCACUUUAAUGACGACGAACACUUUGUCCCCCCAAACAGCGAGCAUGGGAUCAGCCUCCUUAAGGUGGCAGUUCAUGAGAUUGGUCAUGUUCUUGGUCUCAGUCAUAUGAAUCACCUGGGAUCUGUUAUGCAGCCAAAUUAUAUUCCAGCCAAUGGAAAGAUGGAGCUAGGCUGGACCGACCGGAGGGCAAUACAGAAGAUUUAUGGAAAAUGCUCAGGGAGGUUCAGUACAGUGUUUGACUGGGUCCAUCAGGAACCAGAUGAUCUGGGCCACCAGGUGUCUCAUUACAACACCUAUUUUUUCCGGCGUAGCUGGUACUGGCGGUAUGAGAACAGCAGUAACCGUACAUGGUAUGGCUACCCCCAAGAGCUGAAGGUGGGAUGGGAAGGAAUCCCUCAUGCUGACAUUGAUGCUUUCCUGCACUUCUGGACUAGGAAUAAAAGGUUCACCUUCUUCUUCAAAGGCAAACUAUACUGGCGGUACGAUGACCAAAAUGACAGGGCCUACAGGCAGGACCCAGAGGGACACAUCUACCCUCGGCUCAUCUCAGAGGGGUUCCCAGGAAUCGGUGGCCCCAUAGACACAGUUUUCUAUGAUCAGAGAGAUCACAACAUCUACUUCUUCCAUGGGAGGAAUGUAACAGCAUUUGGGGUAGAGAGUCAGAAGGUGCUUCCUGGGUACCCACAAGCCAUUGAGGAUGAGUUUCCUGCAGUUAAAAGUGGUGACCACCCUAAAGGAAAUUUGGACGCUGUGUAUUUCUCUUUUAGCCACAAGACCAUCUUCUUCAUCAAGGGCUCAUACGUUUGGCAUGUGGCUACAAGUGCCGACCUUCCCUAUAAUUCGUUGCUUCCACGCUAUCCUAUCAAUGAACAGUGGACUGAUAUCUGUGAUGUUCACCCCUCCAUGCUUUCUAUGCCCAGAAGAUAGGGUGCCAGACCAGAUCUAGUCAAAGUUGGCUCUCUAUACCCAAGGGACAUGGAUUCAGGCCAGAUUGAGCCAAUGAAGAUAAUGUAUCAGGGUUGUUUGUCUAUGCCAAGAGUAUAGGCUACCCCUAGCCAAGCUCCACUUUCUACACCCAGCAGUUAGGAUGUCAAGCUGGGCAUAGCCAAAGAUGGACAGCAUUGCCCAGAGAACAGGCUGGUAUGUCUAUUUUAUUCAUAGUUGGUCCUUUUCUCCUGGGCCAAGAUUGGCUAAAUCAGACAUACCAGCCUGAAAGUUAUCUCUCUAUAGCCUGGGAAUAGUAACAUAGUAAGUUGGGUUGAAAAAAGACAUACGUCCAUCAAGUUCAACCAUAAUGCCUAUGUAUAACCGGCCUAACUGCUAGUUGAAUAGGGCUCCAGGGAUUUGGUAGCCCAAUUUCCCCAGGAGAUAAGGAAACAAACUUGGUAUAGAAAAGGUUGACUGGCUAUGCCUAGGGUCUAAGCAUGUUUUUCUCUUUAUUCCCAGACGUUUGGAAGCAAAACACCCAUGGGACAGGGUUCCAGAUAUAGCCAAGUAACCCAAACAAUACUGUGAUGUGCAACAUCUAGCCAAGCUUGUCUCUCUCUCUAUAAUUGGACAUAGGGCACCAGAGCUGGGCAAGGUUGGCCAUUUGUCCCUGGGUGAUAGGGUGCUAAGUUUGAUUUAGCCAAUGCAGGAAGCCUGGCCUCAGUUUACUUAGAGGGUACAGCUCCUUCUUGCCCACUAGUCUACCUUGUGCCUCCUACUUUUUCUCUGCCAGGCUGGAAAUGGAAAGUCGUACCCAUCUUCAUGAAGAGCGUUCCAGAGUGAGAAUCGGAGUCAGGUUUCAGACAUUUAUUCUAGCAGAAUAUACAAGAACAUCACACGUAUUUUAUUUACCAGCUGGCUCCCAGAAUGAAGAGACCCCUUUCAUGGGUUCUCCAAAAGCCCGAGAUAUUCCUGGUGGAGCUUUGGGAGUCACUAUAUAACCAACACUCUAAUGACUGUAUGAGAAACAGGACUUAAAGAUGAGAAGCCACCGGCUUUGAUUGUGUCAAAUAGUAAAAACGUA